CACACAAAUGGAAACCCGGGUCUUUAGGACGAGCGUGAACCAGGUUUUAAACUUUCGACUAAGUUCUGGUGAAGAUUUUAUUCUGAGAAGGGAUUGUCAUUCAUUCGCGAGGUUGGCCCGCUUACAAAUACCCAAAGUUUUCACAUCCGGCCAAGCAGGACUUGAAAAACUGAUAUGCAUCUCAAGUGUCAACUGAAUAUUGCAUCGGGGAGCAUCUACGAAUCUGCGAGUUUACGGAAAUUGCACCGCGACUGUAUACCUGAUUCUUCUUUAGCGCAAAAGCUGUAAUACCACAUCGUAUAUUGUUAUGGAACAGCGGGUGUUGCUUCCUUUGCUGGUUCUUUACGGAAUUCUGUUCGGCCAUUCUGCCUCGGCGGAAACUGGUAGCUUCUAUGUUCUGGGGAGUGAUGGUAUUUACGUGAUAGAUCCAGUGGCGAAAAGUGUUGUUGCUAAAAUAACCAACACAACAGCGCCUGGGUUGUGUACCAAAAGCCGAUAUUCCAGAAGAGACUGUACGUUCACCAGCGCAUGCGCUGUUGACGAUACGGUUUUCGUCGCCGAUGGAACGGGAAGCUCUGUGCACGUGAUUGAUAUCAAAACACACAAGAAAAUUGAAACCAUCCCAACCGACCCUUACCCAUACGGUUUGCAUUGUUUACUGUGGCGCAAUGAAGUCUGGGUACAUUCUUGGAAUCUCUCCACGUUUGACGUCAUCGCAAUUAAAAGUCGUGUUCGCACCCACAAAGCCGUGCAAGCUCAUGUAAAACCAGGUUUCACUCAUGGCAUAAUGGUUGCCGACGAAGACAUGCUAAAAGGAAACACGGCUUUUGUCACACAUUUCUCAAACCCCGGAAUCCACGAGCUAAAUUUGGAAGGAAAGUCCUACACGAGUUUUCGCAACUUCACAAAGUACGGUUGCACUGGAACAUACGGCAUUGCGUACAACCCUUACAACAAACACAUCUACGUCGACUGUCAAAUAUAUUACAAAAAGAUAUCGAUACUCGAACUAGACACAGUCAAUGAUCGCACAAAAAUGUGGAGUUUUCCUGGUUUUCCAUUUGUUUCACCUGACGGUCGGUAUGUCGUAUUUCUUUAUCGCACGAAAAACACGAGUCAAAUGAAUAUUUUAGCUGCGAGCAAGACAGGAUUCAACGCCAAUCAUUACCCGGAACUUCGUAUCCCCGGUGGUGUAUCUCAUGCGGUUUUUUACUCCAAGGGUAAAACCUCGGAGGGCUACUACGUGUUUCUUACUCUUGAUUACGCAAACAAGAUGGCGAUCGUUGACUUGGACUUGGCGAAAAAUGGCAACAUUUCCGAUGUGAAAUAUAUCGAAGACGUCGACUUCAUCGACAAAAGAUCCCACGGAACAUCCAGGGACUCGUUUAUCGCCGGUCACUGGAUCAUUUCCCCGGCAACCAAAGAAAAGACGGUGGUGAUUAUUAAUGCUGAGACCCAAAAGAUACAUGGGAAGGUUAGCGAUGUCAACGGAGGAGGCUUUGCAGUCUGGGUUCCAGAUCCCAUCACUGCUGGUGGAGCGUCGGCUAUAGGUCGCCCAAGCUGUUUCAUUUCUCUUUUCUUUCUGUUUGUUUGUUUACAUCUGUAAAACUGAUGACUUCGAAAACGUUUGUGUGAAUGAUCUAGUUUUAUGGUAGAUGGAAUUUGAACAUCAUAAUUUGGUAGUAAAUAUAAUGUUAAUGUGAUCCGUAAUCUUAAACCGUAAUCAGCGUCGCAAAAUAUUUUAGCA